CGCCCCACUGCACUCCGCUCAUUACCCUUGAAUUUUCAAAUUCACCAACAAUUCCAAGAAUUGACUGGACAAUGAAACGCUGUGUGCCGGCAUGUUCAGGAUUUCUGCUAGCUUGUUUUCUUGCUUUUCUAUUUCAAAUCUUCUUCUUCUCACCCAUAUCUCCUGACUUGCUUCUACUUCCUACACCUUCUUCUAAUUUUCUCCCCACUAACAACAAGUUACAGGAAGUGAUUAAACUUGGAGAAGGAAUUUUACAAGGUCCAGAAGAUGUUAUUGUUGACAGAGAAGGUCUACUGUAUACUGCAGUUAGAGAUGGAUGGAUCAAAAGAUUGCACAAGAAUGGAUCCUGGGAGAAUUGGAAGAGGAUAGAGAGUGAUUCCUUGCUUGGUAUCACAAUCUCCAAGGAAGGUGCUCUUGUCGUUUGUGAUGCUGAAAUGGGUUUGCUUAAGGUUAGUGAAGAUGGAGUAACAGUUCUUGCAUCACACGUUAAUGGGUCUGAAAUAAGGUUUGCAGAUGAGGUGAUCGAAGCUUCAGAUGGCAACCUCUAUUUUAGUGUUCCAAGCACCAAAUUUGGACUCCAUGAUUGGUAUCUAGAUGUUCUGGAGGCCAGGCCUCAUGGGCAAUUGCUCAAGUAUGAUCCCUCAUUGAAUGAGACCUCAAUUCUGCUCGAUGGUUUGUGCUUCCCCAAUGGUGUUGCUCUCUCAAGAGAAGAAGAUUUUCUGGUCUUCUGUGAAACUUGGAAAUUUAGGUGCCUGAAAUUUUGGCUAAAGGGGAACAAGAAAGGGAAAACAGAAAUUUUUGUUGAGAAUCUUCCUGGUGGACCUGAUAACAUCAAUCUAGCUCCGGAUGGUUCUUUCUGGAUUGGUUUGCUUCAGCUUGUUCAGGAUAAACUGGGAUUUGUGCAUACCUCAAUUUCAUCCAAAUACUUGGUAGCAUCCUUUCCAAAAUUGGUUAAACUAGUGAAUGGAGUUUACGGGAAAGCAAUGGUGGUAAAUGUGGCAGCUGAUGGCAAGAUUACUAGGAAGUUUGAUGAUGCUGAUGGAAGAGUAAUGUCUUUCGUAACUUCAGCUUUUGAGUACGAGGAUCAUCUUUACUUGGGAAGUCUAAACACCAACUUCAUCGGAAAAAUACCACUGAAAGUGACAUGAUAUUCGUAUAAAACAAAAGCCUUGUGUCCAUGAAAUUAGGCUUGAGCAUUAGUGAAACUUGGAUGAUAUUAUAUUAUAAUAAAAAACUCUCGAGUCUAGCUUUAGGCUUC